AUGUGCGAUCAUUCGUUCCACCAGUCAUCCCUUCGUGGCGGAGAGGCCAGCCAGUCCUUGGUCGACAGGCGACUUGGCUACCCGAUCCAUGUGGGCACCAGCGACCUGCCGACCAGAGACGAGGGCGAGGACAACUGCUCUGUGGGGGCCAGCCCCGUCAGCAACGGACAGGCGAGACGAAUUGCCUUUAUGAGUGGCAACGACGACUUCCGAGCUGCCAGACUGCGAUGCGCGCUUGCCUGCCAGGAGUACAACAAGCUGCCCGAGGACGUGGCGAUUGAGGAUCGUGUGCACGGAUGGAAGUGCAUCGUGGAACCCAACAACAACACCAGAGGAGACGCUGAAGCCACUCCCGCCGUCGACUUCUCAGCCAUCUUCAAGAAGGCCAAGCCGGAGGCCCACGACUCGACCGCCGAGCACACUCCGCCCGUCACCCCCGUCGCAGACAGCCCAAGCCCCCGCCCGACGAUCCCCUACGUCAAGCAGCCGGUCUACAUGGACUACGGCCUGCGCGUGAAGAUCGCGCCCACCACCUUCAUCAACCGGAACCUCACCAUCCUCGACACCCCCGUCGCCGACAUCGUCAUCGGCGAGCAGUGCUCCUUCGGCCCCGGCGUGACCAUCAUCGGCGUCGGCCACCCCGUCCGGUUCGAGGAGCGUAGCGAGUUCAUCACGGGCAAGCCGGGCAGCUGGGGCGCCAAGGUGGUCAUCGGCGACGGCGUCUGGGUCGGCGCGGGGGUCACCGUCCUCCCGGGCGUCACCAUCGGCUCCUACUCGACCAUCGGCGCCGGCAGCGUCGUCACCAAGGACGUGCCCUCCAGCUGUGUCGCUAUGGGCAACCCGGCUUCGGUGCGGUACUACGUCGACAGCGAGAAGGGCCGCGAGCCCGUCGUGGUCGACGAGACGGCGAACACGCUGGAGGAGGCGCUGAAGCUGGACAGGGAGGAGCCGCAGGGGGGCGAGGGAACCAAGAUGGGUGAGUAG